GCUUUUACGACCGACCCGGCUCAGAUCCGACGACACUUUACUCUGGAGCUCUGCCCAAAUGCAGUAGUACAGUGUAUACAUGUAAUGCCGUGUGUCACUUCAGUGUGUAUUUACUAUGUAUACGAUCACGACCAGCCAGCCGUAUACCGUAUCGUACGGACGAUAAUCGUACAGCUUUGAGAGGCUGUGUUGUUAUUGAGGUUGCACGGAUAUAGUCGGGCAACAUUGCCUGUUACUAAAUUUUCACAAGAUGGCCACACCGGCAACUUCGUUUUUUGGUCGUCAAGUGGACUUGAAUCCCGUAAGAGACAGUGGGAUGGAUGCACAUGGGCACACAUUUGUGAAAAAGACUUUUCAUAAGCCAACAUUUUGUCACCAUUGUACGGAUAUGUUGUGGGGAUUCAUUGGACAGGGUUACAUAUGCGAAGUUUGUAACUUUGUGAGCCAUGAUCGAUGCACGGAAGCAGGUAUUUCACCAUGUGCAACAAUAGCAGCAGAUAGGAUAAAGGAUCCUGUACCACAUACAUGGUCAGAUCCAGGGCACUUCAGGAAGAAGUUCUGCAAUGUUUGUAGGAGAAGAUUAGAUGAUGCCUUGUCACUUCACUGUGAAGCCUGUGAAUACUAUACACACCUUGGUUGUUUAGAUUUUGUUGUAAGCAACUGCAUACGUUUCAUUGCUUAUGACGAAAGUAAAGAACUGGAUAAAAUCACAGUAUAUCACCAUUGGCGGGAAGGCAAUCUACCAACCAACAGCCGAUGUCUUGUAUGCAAGAAGUCUUGUGCCACUCAUGAGUGUCUGGCUAGUAUGAAGUGUGAAUGGUGUUGGGCAACGGCACAUUCGGGAUGUUACAAAUCUCUAAUGAGGGAGUGUGAUAUGGGUCCAAUCCGUGAGCUUAUUAUACCCCCAUGGGCUGUAUCCAUGCCUGUUACUAUGAACAUGGUUAAAGGAGACAUAGUAUCCAGGAUACAAGCUCUUAAAACUGACCUGCACAAUCAGCUAACAGAGCGGCGGCGUCGCCUGACACCACCGACGACGACGACUCCCAAUGGAGCUACAAGAGAGGCGCACUCCGCUUCCGGUCAGAAGCAGUAUCUUGUGCCAAGAUUAACUCAAAGGUCUAGCAGUGCAUCACCGGUCUUAUCCAGAUUAAAAGUCAAACUCAAACGGAGUGAAUCCUUAUCAAAUUUGUUGGCCACUACACAAAGGAAUAAAAACUACCACAAUCUGAAAAACUCCCGUCUUAGUCUCGACUCCCUAACCCUCAGUACAGCCCCUUCUAUCUCUUACACUAAAUCCCCAGUCCCAUCGUCAGGUAGCCCCUCCUCUUCUCGAUCAUUAGAUCCAUCCCCCACCCACCGUUCAAAGUUGACACUCCCCCACCUAAAUCCUGUCAGUAAAUCCCAAGGGUCAUCUCCGACAUCUCCUAAAACCCUGUCCCCAAGCAUCUAUCUUCCUAAGUCCUCCUCACCCACUAAGGGACCGAGACCAAAAUCAGCUGUCCCUUGCAUGCAAUCCUCUAAGGGAUCCAGUGGCAAGAUGAAGCCAUCUAAAUCUUUUGAUGGAGGUCUUACCUCUCCCGAUGUCUUCUUCUCCUCUAAGCCUACCUCCCUGUCUAAUCCUCACUUGUCUGAACCAGCCGAUGAGGAGGCAGGAUCUGUUAAACCCACGUUACUCUCACAAGCCUUACCCUUGCUGAAUAAACACAAAACUGGUGAGAAUGAUUCUGAGGAUUUGAACAGUUCAGCCAUGACCAAAUACCAAAUAUCAAACAACAACCAAAGCUCAUUAUCAGGUGGUAUUUUGACUAAUACAAGUGCACACUCUGCUUUAAAUGCUGUAGCCCCUGUCACUCCAAACAUGGGUAGUAUGUCAUGUUCACACACCCCAGGUAGUCAAGAUUCCCAAACCAUGGAAACACUUGACCCUUCCUCCAGACCUACUAAUGGCAUGGGGAUCUCUGAUUCUGUAACCCCAUCAGAAGCAUGUUUUUCUCCUGGGAUGAUGGUUCUUUCUCCUUCCUCCAUCUCUACCCCUAGCCCCCCUCCCACCCCGACCAUAGCACCUAUACCAACCCACCCCCCUCUUACCCGUACAUCUGUGUCAAUGUAUCGACCCAAGGGGCAGCGAUCUGCCUCCGAGUCUGGUUUCGACCCAAGCACCCCUGAUUUUGGUGAUGAUGGUGAUAGUGAUGAUGAUGGUGAUGCAUGCCUACUGCAACGGAAUGGAGCAGUGCGGGGCAGGCCCCUGUCUACUCAAAUUAUCUGUUCAGACUUUAUAGGUUCAUCUGCACAAGAUGGUAACUCUGAUCUUAGACUCAAGGAGGAAUAUGGUUCAGAAGAUGGUCAUUUAGUUCGAUUGUUUGAUGGACCAGCCUCUCUAGAGAAAGGUUCAUAUCAUCUCAUCUGUGUUGCCAAGGAUACCACCAUGAAACAGCUGACAGAAACGGCAAUGAGGUCAUUUUACAUUGCUGACAAUGCUGCUCUAUACUACCUCACAGAAGUAGCAGAAUCAGGUCAAAAUGGUUCCCAGACUGUUGAGAGAAGACCCAGGGACAAUGAGACAGUUCAUCAACUCUGUAAACAUCAUCCUACUAAGAUUCCAUCAUUCAUACUCAAAUACCAGGGAGGUGACGCAAAGAAGGGUAUAAUCAAGGUGUAUCCUGGCAAUUUAGAUUCUCCAGUGCCUGUUGAGUUUACAUCAAUCUCUAUCACCAGUUAUAUUUCAGUGGAGGAGAUCAUUGAUAUGUCCUUGCAUAAAUUUGGCCUUGAGGAUGAAGAACCUGUUCAGUACUCUUUAGUUGAGAUGAUCAUGGAUCAUGAAUUACAAGAAAGAGCUAUGGAAAGAGAUGAAUGUCCAUGGACUCAACUUCUCAAAGCACGCAAGAACUCUCUACGGAGGAUGCAGAAGACUCGAUACUACCUUCAUAAGAAGGAUAAGUGUGCAUGUCAUCAAGGAGCUCAAAUGUUUGUUGGUAACCUACCAAUCAAUCUAUCAGAACAUAAGUAUGCACACAUCAUCAGGCACCUGCUAGAAGAAGCCAAUUGCAAGGUCUUCAAUGCAGUGAACAGUGUAUAUGAGCAAUAUGGAGCAGCAAUAGUCUGUUUCAAAGACCCUGAAGUAGCGAUGAAAGCCUUCUAUGUUCUCAAGGAUCAAUCAUAUGAUGACAGGCCACUCACAGUCCUCUUCAUUCCAGAAAUUCAUUGUGAGGCACUGAGUGAGGAUGCCAUCCCAUUACUGGUCUUUGUUAACGUUAAGAGUGGUGGUUGUCAAGGAGCUGAAGUGAUGGACUGCUUCAAGAAGAUGCUCAAUCCACUCCAGGUCUUUGACCUUGACCAGGGAGGACCUCUCCCAGGCCUCCAUGUUUACAGUCAUUUGAGGGAGUAUCGUAUCUUAAUCUGUGGUGGUGAUGGUACUGUUGGUUGGGUACUUCAAUGUCUAGAUGAUAUCGGUCAAGAAUCAGUCUGUAGCUCACCAGCUAUCGCAAUACUGCCAUUAGGAACAGGUAAUGAUCUAGCGAGAGUGCUGAAGUGGGGUGGUGGUUACCAGCAAGGAGAAGACCUGUUUGCUAUGCUAAACUGUGUGUUAGAGGCUGAAGAAGUCAAACUAGACAGAUGGACAGUAAUCUUUGAGCCAAGUGAACAAGGUCCAGGAGGCAAAUACAUUGAUGCAGACAACAAAUCCAACUCAUCCAACAGCAGCUCUAGCAAUGAUGAAAUGCCCAAUAUGUUUGUCAUGAAUAACUACUUUAGUUUGGGCAUUGAUGCCGAUUUGUGCCUAGGAUUCCAUCUGGCCAGAGAAGAAAAGCCAGAGAAGUUUAAUAGCAGAUUGCACAACAAGAGUGUGUACUUCAGACUUGGUAUGCAGAAGCUAGGUAGGAGAACCUCAUGCAAAGAGCUCAAUAAAGAGAUCAAGAUUGAGGUCGAUGGUAAACCUGUUUCCUUACCGACACUAGAAGGCAUACUCGUCUUGAAUAUAUCAAGCUGGGGAUCAGGUGCAGAUGCCUGGGGAAUAGAUGGACAGGACAACUCAUUUAGUAAGUGUCGCCAUGACGAUGGUAUGCUAGAGCUGGUAGGACUAACAGGUGUGGUCCAUUUGGGUCAGAUCCAGAGUGGUCUUCGGUCAGGGGUUCGUCUUGCUCAAGGAGCACAGAUUCGGAUCACAAUGAACACUGACAUGCCAGUACAGGUAGACGGAGAACCAUGGAUGCAGCUUGCUGGUCAAGUAGUGGUCUGUCGGUCAGCCUUACAGGCCACCAUGCUAAAGAAAUCAAAAUCAAAGAUCAAACGUCGGAACACUGAGCCGGCACUCCCAAACAGUCAGGAAGGUGGCGCUGCUGGCCAGAAACGAGAUCAGCAAGGUCGUCUGACAGCAAUGAAGAGUGAUGAGACGACGAACCAAGUUUGAGCAGCUUGAUAUUUUAGAUCCCUUUUAUUUUAUUCCCUUUUCCUUAGAUUAUGGUAGAAUCCAUUCCUCGCUAUGAUAUGCUCGCAUCAUUGUUGAAAGUAGUGUUAUUACCAACAGAAAGAAUUCCAAGAUGGUUGGAUUAAGUCUGAAUUAUAUUGGGAGACUAGAUGGGUUUGGCAUACCGGUAGAUGGUGAGGAGUUGUGUCGCAUCGGACAUCUUUCUUUCCUUUUAGUCAUAAUAAGAUGUUUAUUUCUCCUGUUAGACAAAAGUACUGUAAGAUUAAGUAUAAAUCAUUAUGCCUAUGUAGACAGUAGUAAGUUUUUUAAUGAAGCCUUUAUGUGAGCUCUUGAUGGGCCAUGAUGAUGUCACAAUUAUUCUCAAAUUAUUGAAUGGUGGAUACGAUGGAGACACAAAGAUGCAAUCUUCUUACAUCAUUUGGAGAUGGAGUGAAUAGAUUUGAUGAGGCUUGAAUGAAGAAGUUUGAAUGAAUGCCAAGGAAGCUAACUGAGAUAUUCUGCCACCAAGAAAUUGGUAUAAUUGCGGUUUUGUAGACUGCUAUGAGUUUGUGAGUAUGAUAAUCAAAGUUUCCUGUGGUUCUAAUCAGAGAACAGAGAAAGACUGUCUUUCACAUUUGACAUUAUGGUUACGAAGGAGAUUCUUUGUUUUCUCCACAUUGAAUGAUUGACCUUGGUGACACCUAUCUCAUUGUCUAGACUGUGUCUUUCUUUCAUGAAGCUGUUUUCAAAGCCAAUGACUCGAGUGUGAUUUAGGUAUGACCUAAAGAGAUAUCAGACCAUGAUGGGAUAUUGAACACUGUCCCUAUACAACCUACGAUGUAGAAUCGAGUAUAAGGUAUGAAAAAGGUUCCUCCAUUCAUAAUAUCCUCACUUUGAUUGAUAUGAACAAUGUAGACAUAGCUCUCCCUAUGGUAGAAUUGCUUAGAGUCACAAGCUGAUCUUCUGGGUUCAUUUGUCUCGGAUAUUUGCACCAAAAUAAUGCGUAGCUCUAAGUCAUUAUUGCUUUUCUAUAAAUUUACGAUUCUUAUAAGUGACAAGAGUGAGAGAAGAAGUAUGACUUGUGUAUAAAAGAGAAUUAAAUGAGAUGUGUGAGCUUUUAUUCUAAUGCGAUGACAAAUAAUUGAUACAUUUUUCAUAUAUAUGCCACUGUUGUGCAGUGUGCAAAUGAAAUGACUUACAAACAAUACUGCAACUUGUAUAUUUUUAAGAAUUUGAGAAUGAUAAUGAGUAAUUCAUGCAGAAAGGAUAUUCUGUUUGGAGUAGCAGUGUAAUUCUCUCAUCAUUACUGUGUAUUGACUCGUUUCUUUCUCUAUUAACAUAUGCCUAUUUUGUGUUGUAUAUAUCCCUAUGGGGAUAGCUUAACAAAACAUGUGAUCGAGUUCUGGCAAAUGAUGAGAAUAUUUGACAGUUUUUAUAUGACUAUGAUGAUGUGCAAUACUAGUGUGAUGUGUGUAUCUUAGAAUGCUCUGCACAGCACAAUAUAUAUGUCCUGCCCAACUCAAAAUGAAAAGAUAAGGAAAUGAUGCAAGUUUUAAUUAGAGAAGAGAACCAACUCUUAAUUGUUAAGUGAUUUAAAAGAGUUUAUUUACAACUUCUUAAUGAGCUGAGUUAUGGAUUAUAUUAAGAUGAGACAUCAUUCAAUAGCAUUUACACAUCUGAGAGUAUAUCAGACUGAGGGAUGAUAAAAAAAGGUUAUACUGGUUGGAACUUGGAUCAUUUCCUAGAAAUCUUUCAUUUCUAUACUUGACUUUAUGAUCAAACCAAUGUAAUAGAAACAAUCAUUUAAAGAUUGUCACUGAGAGAGAAAUGAAGACAUUUUGUGUGUGCUUACUGUCAGUUUGAAUACAAAAUUGACAAAAAAAUAUAUUACCAUUUCUUUCUGUACAAUGUCACUGUCUUACAUAUUUAUGUAUUCAUGUUUAACACACUGAUGCAAUUACACGAAAAUUUGUAUAGAUUAGAUGCCAGAGAUUUUGUAAUAUUCAUAUAACUCCUGUAAAAUAAAAAUAAUUUGAGCGCAAUCUCAUUAUGCUAAAGUGUUUGGUCGAUAAAAGAACAUGUCAGAACAGCUAUUAUUUUUGCCUUGCAAAUCAUUCUUUGUUAUUUUAAAGGAGUAAGAGCAAGGCAGUUUGUGUUUAUCGUGUGUUCUCUUUGUCUGAGUUAGUUCAAUAUUGGAGAGAAACAGCUUAUAUUUUGUUCUUGAAAUUCAAACGAAUGUCAUAAACACUGUGUGGCUGCAAAUUGUAUAUAAUUGAAUGCAAAUUGCAUUUCUAUUUAAAAAACAGGGUCUUUACAUUAAAAAAGAGAGAUACUAGCUGAAUAUUAUUGAGUGAAUAAAAGAUGUGCAGAAUAACAUGGAAAGGAAUUCUCGAGUUACUUUACUAGCUGAUCAACAUUAUAUAGAUACUAGCACUAUGUCACUUUGUGAUUCAAGAUUUUGAAGAUUCAUAUAUCCUUGGUGAAGGAAUAUAUAAUGAAUUAUUUGUUUGUAAAUAUCCAAAUUGCAAUGUUUACUUGAACUUAAAGAGUAUAGGACGCUGACUAGCCUGUUGUCUAAAAAUCUCACCAAAACUCAAUAUUCUUGUUUCCAGAUCUACCACAGUGUUGAUUUGAAUAUAGCUGCCUUCUCUUAUCUCACACAAUCUAGUAUAAGGAAUUUCUGUUUGGGGGUUUCUUUAUUUGGAUUGGGAUGAUAAAAAAAAGAUGUUUGUCUUUUGAUUUUUGGUAAGUGAUAAUAACCAGCAAGAAACCACUCAAUAUUAUUCAAUCCAUUACCAAUCAUUGAUCUCUUGAGUAACUGCAAUGAAUUAAAACAGAUAUCUGCAAUUAAUAUUUAAAAAAAAAUUUAAAUGACAAAAAAAAAUUGGCUUUACAGUUUUCCCUGUCAAACUAUUCUCCUUGAUAACAGGUCUAGACACGUCAUAGACUUUUUGAAGAAUCUUUUUAUGAACUGGAGCAACUACUGUUGUCUCUUGACAAGACAAAAGAACAAGAAAACUAAAGAAACAAGACAGGACAAGUGUAUGAUAUUUGGACUCACACAUGAUUAUUGAUCAGACCUUUACGUUCUUGACCACUGUGUACUGCCAGUGACUAAAAUUGUAUUUUAUGGAAAUUUAUUUAAAAAUUGCACGUCUUUGAAGAAGCGUGCAGUACUAGUAGCAAUGGCUGAGAACUAUUCUUAAGAAAAACUUAAUAUUAAGCUAGUAAAUGUAUUUAUCUCUUGCUUUCAAUAAGGGGCAUUUCUUUUUUCAUAUCUGCUAUUCUCAGAUAUCAAGUGAUCUAUUGCUUUAUAUUUUUUUUCUAGUUUAGAAUUAACUGCAGAUGGAGGUUUCCUAAUUGUGUAUGAUAGUUCCCUCAUAUUAAUCAUUUUGAAAUAAACCUAUUUCAUUAACAUAUCGUGAGUUUGGUCAUGCAUUCUUUUUCCAACUUUUAACUAUCGUUUGUGAUGCAGCUUUAAAAUUCUUACAUAUUUUGAUUUCUAUUCAGAUUCAUCAUGUAUUUGUUUUUUUAAUUCUGUGUUUUUUUUAUUGGUUUUUUUUGUUGCUGAAAAAGUUAUAUUAUUAUGACAACAUGAGGUCUUAAAACAAAUUUGUUUCAAUCAGAAAUACAACAAAUAAUCCUACAUUUGUGAUUAAAAUUUGGCAUAUAUUCACAUUCACGUUUCUGGCCCUAGCAAAUUAAGUCUCAAUAGAUAUGGGAGAGUAAAAGAAAUUAUUGCAAAAAUAUAUCUAGGGGCUGAAUUUUGCCCCAUCCCCUCCAAAUUUAUUCUUUUUUUUAAACUGAUCAUAAUAGUAAUGUAUGAAACCUCUGCCUGCAGUUUGAGUCAUGUACAAUGUAUGACUUUGACACUUUUCUCAUUCAUCUAGUAGCCUCACUCCACCCUUCAGGAAUUUAAUCUUAACUAAAUCAAUUUACUGGAUUGAGAUUUUUCAUAUAAAAAAGAUUAAUUCCGUUAUAUCAGCAUUGAUUAGCUCUCCCAAAUUUCAGAAGAUAUUUUACAAUUCAAAAGGUUUUCUAUGCAUAUAUGAUUUAAAAAAGAUAUGAAUACGUGGAGGGCUGGAGGUAGGCUAAUAUAUUGAAUACAGAAAGUGGCAAUGAUUAUAUAAGGCAUGUAGAAUGUUUAGACUUGUGUUAGUUUGCUGUAGUAACAUAUAUAUGACUUUCAGAAGAAUCUCUGCACAAUUCAAUGAUAAAAUGUCCUUCAUCUCUUGUUGAUGAAGAAAUUGCAGCACUUCUACGAUGUACAUCAUUGUAUUUGGUACAUUCUGGUAGAACCUAGUGUAAGGAACACGUAUUGUGUAUUUUUUUUAAUCCUAUAUAAAUAUAUGAAAAAAUAUAUAUAUAUAUAUACUUAUAUAUAUAUAUAUAUAAAAGUCACAUUCUUAUAUAUACAUGUAUUAAUCUUACUGUUAACAUUGAGCUGAAAGUAGUACAUAUCUACCUUUAGGCCAGAAAUUGAAAUGAAGCUUUGUAUAUAAUCUAUUUUCUACAGUCAUUUGAAGUUAGCUUGGAAUAGUGUGUGCUCACUUUUUCUUCUCAACAAUAUUUUUUUGUUUCUGUUAUUUAUUGAUCUCAAUUCUAAAAUAUUGGUAUUGGUGUAAUUAUCUUUUUAGUUUAUAUUGUUUUAUCAAGAUUGCAUCUUUAUUUAUGUUAACUUUGUUUAUUUCUUCUAACCAUGUGAAAGUAUGCUUUAAUUGAUUAUUGUAAGUAGGAAUACUUCUUUACAAGUCCCUUUUCACAUUGCAUCAUUUAGAUGUGAUGUAUCAUGUCAUUGAGCUUAUCGGAUAGUGCAGUAAGAAUGGAUGUUAUCAUAUGUAUAAUUUUCAGAAUUGUAAGAGUAUCUACUUUUGACCUCUGACCUCUUGUUUUGAUGAACAAAACUUUCUUUGAUUUUGUUGCUGCCUAUAUUUAGAGUAGGACAAGCAGACUAUGAAGCAGAUAUUGUUUCUUUGUUGAAGAUAUCGUAAAUUGAUUGAUGCUUAAGGAUAAAUUUUGUCGAUUGGACACAAGAACAAGAGAUGCUUGAUGCUUAAUAUAUAAAUAUAUACAUAUAUAUAUAUCAUACAAUAUAGAAUCCAUGGGCUGGUCCCGCUAAUUUGUUUGUUGUAAGACUUUGUCACCAUUGAGUAAGGGAACAAAUAAGAACCCUCAUGGUGCAAAUAUUGUUUUCUUGAGAAAAAAAGGAAAAAGUUUGUGAUUUAUAUAUAUAUACCAGUAUUAUCUUCAAUUUUUUUCAAGCUUGCAAUGUAGUGAGCCGCAUGGUCAGAACAGCUCAAAUUUUUCCCCAACACUUGUUGUAAUUACUCUUGCAAGCUUAGAUUCCAUUCCUCACUGAAGCAAGAGCCGAGUCUUAUCACAGAAAAAAAAUUGGUGUUUAACACUUCCUUUUUCCAGGCAAAUAUUGGACUUGUCACGGACACAUGUAGUAUACAUACUCAUUCAUUCAUUAGAUAUGUGAUUAGUGUGAUAUUUAGAAUCAAGUACCUUUCAUCUAGAUUGGCACAGACACUGCUAAACACAAUACGCUGCCAUUUGUAACUUAUUCAAACCUUUUUAAAACUGCUGCUCAUUGGGAAAAGUAACAAGCUAAAUGAAAGUAGAACUGCACCAUAAUAGUUGUAAACAAAAAUGUCCUAAAUAAUGAUGUCGAGAUGUGAUCUAAGAAUAAAGAUAUGAUAUUGUUCAUUAUUUCAAGCUUAUUUAAAAGAAUCUCCUCCUUUCAUGUCCAUAAUAAAGGAGAAAGGCCUGGUUAAAUGUUAAGAAGAACAUUAGGGUCUAUUUUUUAUCAUUUCAAGAAUUAGUUUUAGAUACUUGUAUGUAGAAGGAAUUUGACCAUUUUGUAUGACACCUAUGUUUUCCCUAAUACAAUUUAUACAAAAAAUUAUGUAAUCUGUUGAUUAAAGUCAUUCAGCUGAUUUUACAGAGUUUUGAAAAACGGCAAGAAUAAUUCUCAAAGUUGUAGUUUCAUUUGUAGAAACUGAAAUCGAAAUAACAGCUACAAUUGCAAAGUGACUUUAAAAUUAUUACAUAGAGCUUUUUUAAAAAUGGCAAGGAUAAUUCUCAAAGUCUACAAUUGCAAAGUGAUUUCAAAAUAAUUACAUCUAGCUCACUACUGAUCAAAGAAAUUUUAUCCAUAUGAUGCAGAUUUCAUGAUAUUGAAGGUUUGAUAAAAUUCAUAUUCAAUUAUCUUCGUUGAAACAUUAAUUUUGUGGUAAUUUUUCUCUGUAUAAAUGAUGACUUAGCGUCGAUGCUAUCAUUUCCCCCAGAAGAAUAAUGUCAAAUAUUUAGUAAUUCAGUUCUGGUUUCAUUAUAUUCUAUUUUUAAUGCAAUAAGUAAUGUGGAAGAAAAUUACACAGGAACAUGCUAUUAUUGAUUAUGGGGUUUUAUUUAAUGAUUAAGUAUAACAAAUUCUGGUAAAUGCUUAAAUAUAAAAAUAAAAUGACCCAAGGAUGUUCAUUAUAUUUCAUUGAAAUAAUGAACCCUUAAUUUGCCGUUAUCUCUAUUUUACUCUUAUAGUACGAUCACAUUUAUCACAAAUUUAAUUUUAAUUUGAGGCACUUUCAUUUUUGUUUACAUGUUGAUAUAGUUUAGUACAUGGAAAGAAAGUAAAUUAACUAUUCUAAAUAACUUAAAAACUAUUUAACAUGUGUGUGUAUGAGUGUGUGUUCAUUAUAGUAAUUAUCCCAAUCCGUUUUGUACUGAUAACUAUUGUGGGGGAUUUUGUUACACAAGGCCUAUCCAACUGCUUAGAGGCAAUUUGUAAUUCAAUGGUAUGUUAAAAAUAUCUUUAUUAUGAAUAUCAUUAUACAGAAAAAUCCCUCAUGAAUGAUUAAAUCUACUAUUCUUUAUUAUUUAUUUCUUUUGUUUGCCAAAUCUACUGUAGAAAAACAUUUUUCAAUCAAGUUCAGUUACAGCUAGCCCUUAAAAUAAAGACAAUAUCCAUUUAUUUAAUCAGCAGUUGAGUUAGAGUUAAUGGCAUUUUCCCAUUAUCCCCAUAUAAUUAAUUAAAUUUUUCAAUAUUAUAUCAAAGUUGGUUAGUCCAGUCCUACAUUAUCUUUUCAUUUACAUGGCUCUGCAGUUAGUAGAAAGUGGUUCUUAAAUAUUUUCAAAGAAAAGUAUUGAUUAUCAGUCAAUAUGCAAAAUAGUUUCCACAUAAACUCUUGACAGAGUUCUUAAUAACUAUGUGUGAAUUUGCAAGGCCUUUUAUUGGUUCUUAGUUUUGUCAUUGAUUUGACAAUAUCCUUCUUAAUUAAAGCAGUUUUAUUUUAAAUAUCAAUUUACAGAUCCUUGCAUUUAAAUAUAUAUUGUAAUUCAACAUCAGUGAACCAUCUGAUGAAUUCUUUGUUUGAAUUAUCAUAUAUCCCCUUUACGAUGUAAUGUUUAAAUUUGGGUAGUUAUUAAGUUAAUUUAUUGUUUAUGUCAUGUCUUUUGUUUUUGUAAGUAGAUUGUACCCACACACAUGAAGUAUCUUUUUUUAGCCCCCUCGGUGUAUAACUUGUAUAUAAUUAUUGUAGAGAAGGAGUAGGAUGAUCAUAUAUAUAAUUAUGAUCUUACUCUCUUUCCUGCACUCACUCUCACCAGUGCAAGGCAAGCUGACUGCUAUAAAGUAUACCACACAUGUUUAAUGACAUAACAGAUUAAAAAAAAUAUGUAAAAGCA